CUGGGCUCGAGACGCGUCCGGCUGCUCUUGCGCAGGCGCGGCGGGGAGGCGCAUGCGCUCCUCUCCUUUCCGCCUUUAAUGGCCGCCCUUCUCUGGCUUCUGGGCGCUGUUUAUUUUACCUUUAGAAACCUUUGGCAGAACACACUUCCUGCAUGAAAUAGGGUGACAAAUCUCCAGCUUUUGGACUGCAACCCAGCAACCAAGAUGCUUAUGAAUUACACACACCCGUGAACUGCAAAAAUCCAUUUAUUCUUUCCGUUCCCCUGACAACUGAAUCCCCCAGAUGCAGAAGGGAAAGGAGGUUGUGGACUGCAGUUCUACCACUGGCUUGGAAGAUAUUCUGGCUAAACAAGAACAUGAAUCCCCUUUGAAUCAAGGGGGCAGGCAGAACCUGGGACUAAGGGGGAAAAUCUCCCCCAGACCUUUAACCUGGAGGACACCUCAAGCAGCCCAGAGAAGUUGUAGUGCAAGCUUUAAAUCUCCAGUUCUUCCUCCAAAGAGCUGUCAGCCUGCCGAUAAGGAUGUCUUGCAGCAUGAAAUCGAAGAGCUAAAACACAAGGAACUUGCUCUGGAUCAGGAGAUAGCACAAAUCAAGGCUGAAGGAUACAGCCUGGAGGAAUUGGAAAACCACAUUUCUCUCCUUCAUGAAUACAAUGAGAUAAAAGACACGGGACAAAUGCUUUUAGGCAGACUGGCUGCAAUCAGGGGCGUCACCACCAAAGACCUCUACCCUGAAUUUGACCUGGAUCUGAAUGAUUAGGAGGAAUGUAAAAUGUGACACACACACCACCUAGACUGUGGAAAUAUAACGCGUGGCGAAAAGGCAAUCUCUGUAAGUUCAUUAUUCCCCCAGAAAUAUUAUUGAAACAGUAGCUUUAACUUUGGGGCAUUAAAAAAAAUCAUUUAAUGGA